AUGGUGAUGCCUAGCUUGUCGGAGGCGGAGCUCUUGUUGGGGUCAAAGAGCAGCCCAGACUCUCGGUAAGUGGUCAGACCCCAGUUCUCCAUCGCACCCGACUGGAAGUCUGGGAUAGCUGCCAGGUCUGGGAGGAACACACAGGAAUACAUCAGGAAAUGCUUUAUUUGAACGUCUACUUACAAAAAUGUCUAUAAACCAUUAUUAAACAUAAUACAUAAAUUGGCAGAAACUGUCAGCUAGCGACACCUUCCGCUACCAAAUGCACCCAGGAAGUCUAUGUGUGGUGAGUGGUGCGGUUGUGUACGUGUGGUGUGUUCUACUCACCCUGUUUGGGUAGAGGAUACGGGAUAUCAAAGUAGUCAUCGUAGAAGUCCAACAGUCUGACUGCGGCAUUCAGGGCAAACUCUGUCUGGUUGAUCUUGUCUGGUACGGCAUACACUGAGAUCUGACAGGACAACACAGAGGAAGAGGUCAACCAUCUAAAUAUGUUGUUGAGCACUUCCACGUAGCAGGGACUAGGGAGCUAUAAUGAUGUGUGUGUAUAAGCUAGUCAUAAAUCAGUGAAACAGAGAAGUAGCAAUGCACAAGGUUACGGAUAGAACCUGAAUAACAAGACAGGGUACAACUCCUUUUUUCCACGUGAAAGUUAUUCAAUGCACUUCAUUUCUGUUCGCAGGUUGGGCAUCUUAAGCUACCUUUCAUUCUGACCAAUGAGAGGAUAAAUGGGGGAGGCGUGACAUCGUGCUCACCUUGACUCCGUGACUGGUGGUCUUGCUGACAGACUGGAAGUCAGAGACGAUGAAGGCCACCAGGUAGGUGCUCAUCCUAACGCUGGUGUCAAAGUGGUCUUCCAGCACACCACCUGGUAACUCGACUGUCUGUACCUGGGGAGGGGAAGAGGAAGAGGAAGAGGAACGAGAAUAUGUUAAUCAUGACACCUACCUCUCGCUGUGGAGAAACAGGACUUUCAGAACUCUUUGCUCAUAUCCUUUCUCUCAUGACCACUGCUGAGCUAAAGGGGCUUGACAGGUGCAAGCGACAUGGUGAAAACUUUCAACUGGAUAGGAUUUAUUUUGCCUUCAUCUGCCCCGUUUACAGAUCUGUUAUAUAUCACCUGUUUAUAGAUCUGUUAUAUAUACAGUACCAGUCAAAAGUUUGGACACACCUACUCAUUCAAGGGUUUUUCCUUUACUUUUACUAUUUUCUACAUUGUAGAAUAAUAGUGAAGACAUCAAAACUAUGAAAUAACACAUAUGGAAUCAUGUAGUAACCAAAAAAGUGUUAAACAAAUCAAAAUAUAUUUUAUAUAUUUGAGAUUCUUCAAAUAGCCACCCUUUGCCUUGAUGACAGCUUUGCACACUCUUGGCAUUCUCUCAACCAGCUUCACUAGGAAUGCUUUUCCAACAGUCUUGAUGUAGUUCCCACAUAUGCUGAGCACUUGUUGUCUGCUUUUCCUUCACUCUGCGGUCCAACUCAUCCCAAACCAUCUCAAUUGGGUUGAGGUCGGGGGAUUGUGGAGGCCAGGUCAUCUGAUGCAGCACUCCAUCACUCUCCUUCUUGGUCAAAUAGCCCUAACACAUCCUGGAGGUGUGUUGGGUCAUUGUCCUGUUGAAAAACAAAUGAUAGUCCCACUAAGCGCAAACCAGAUGGGAUGGUGUAUCGCUGCAGGUAGCCAUGCUGGUUAAGUGUGCCUUGAAUUCGAAAUAAAUCACUGACAGUGUCACCAGCAAAGCACCCCCACACCAUCACACCUCCUCCUCCAUGCUUCACGGUGGGAACCACACAUGCGGAGAUCAUCCGUUCACCUACUCUGCGUCUCACAAAGACACGGCGGUUGGAACCAGAAAUCUCAAAUUUGGACUCAUCAGACCAACGGACAGAUUUCCACUGGUCUAAUGUCUAUUGCUUGUGUUUCUUGGCCCAAGCAAGUCUCUUUUAAUUUUUUAAUUUUUAUUUCACCUUUAUUUAACCAGGUAAGCCAGUUGAGAACAAGUUCUGUUCUUCUUAUUGGUGUCCUUUAGUAGUGGUGUCUUUGCAGAAAUUCAACCAUGAAGGCCUGAUUCACGCAGUCUCCUCUGAAAAGUUGAUGUUGAGAUGUGUCUGUUACUUGAACUCUGUGAAGCAUUUAUUUGGGCUGCAAGUUCUGAGGCUGGUAACUCUAAUGAACUUAUCCUCUGCAGCAGAGGUAACUCUGGGUCUUCCUUUCCUGUGGCGGUCCUCAUGAGAGCCAGUUUCAUCAUAGCGCUUGAUGGUUUUUGCAACUGCACUUGAAGAAACUUUCAAAGUUCUUGGAAUUUUCCGUUCUUUAAAUUUUCAGGAUUGACUGACCUUCAUGUCUUCAAGUAAUGAUGGACUUUUGUUUCUCUUUGCUUAUUUGAGCUGUUCUUGCCAUAAUAUGGACUUGGUCUUUUACCAAAUAGGGCUAUCUUCUGUAUACCCCCCCUACCUUGUUACAACACAAGUGAUUGGCUCAAACGCAUUAAGAAGGAAAUAAAUUCCACAAAUUAACUUUUAACAAGGCACACCUGUUAAUUGAAAUGCAUUCCAGGUGACUACCUGUAGCUCAAUUGGUAGAGCAUGGCGCUUGUAACGCCAGGGUAGUGGGUUCGAUCCCCGGGACCACCCAUAUGUAAAAAUGUAUGCACACAUGACUGUAAGUCGCUUUGGAUAAAAGCGUCUGCUAAAUGGCAUAUUAUUAUAUUAUUAUUAUUACCUCAUGAAGCUGGUUGAGAGAAUGCCAAGAGUGGGCAAAGCUGUCAUCAAGGCAAAGGGUGGCUACUUUGAAGAAUCUCAAAUAUAAAAUAUAUUUUUGAUUUGUUUAACACUUUUUAGGUUACUACAUGAUUCCAUAUGUGUUAUUUCAUAGUUUUGAUGUCUUCACUAUUAUUCUACAAUGUAGAAAAUAGUACAAAUAAAGAAAAACCCUGGAAUGAGUAGGUGUGUCCAAACUUUUGACUGGUACUGUAUAUAUAUAUCACCUGUUUAUAGAUCUGUUAAAUAUCUGUCACGCCCUGGCUCUGGGACUCUAUGUUGAGCCAGGGUGUGUUGUUUCUAUGUGUUUUGUGUUCUAGGUUUUUUAUCUAGUUCAUUUGUUUCUACGUUGGCCGGUGUGGUUCUCAAUCAGAGGCAACGUGUAUCAGCUGUUGCUUGUUGUCUCUGAUUGGGAACCAUACUUAGGCAGCCUGUUUUCCACAGUGUGUUGUAGGAUCUUGUUCCGUGUUUGGUUAGUGUCUAUUGCCAAGGACGUCACGUAUCGUUUUGUUGUUUUGUUCGUGUGAUCAUUAAAAAUAAAAGUAUGUUCGCAUUCCACGCUGCGCCUUGGUCCACUUCUAUCGACGAUCGUGACAGAAGAUCCCACCAUAACUGGACCAAGCAGCGUGUCCAGGAGCCAACGCCAGAGAGGACUCUAAUGAAUAUCAACCUCGACUGGGUCAAGCAGCGUGUCCAGGAGCCAACGCCAGAGAGGGCUCUAAAGGAUAUCAACCUCGACUGGGUCAAGCCGCGGGAGGAGGAGAGAGGUUGGACUUGGGAGCAGAAGAGGGAGAGUCUGGCGAGAGCCAUGGAGGCCAUAGCCACGGGGAAGAGACGAACCCAAUACAUUUUUAGGGGGGGGCUCACACCGUAGACGACGGGACUGCUGGAGGCAGAUAAGGGGCGAGUUGGUGGACGAGGAGAGAAGGCCACCGGGUUACGGGAGCCAUUGGCGAGUAGAGGGAAGGAAUAUGUAGAGGCACGGCGAGAGGUACUGAGGUGUGUAGCCAGUCCGGUCCGGCCCGUUCCUGAUCCCCAUGUAAGGCCAGUGGUGUGUGUUCCCAGCUCGGCCCGGCCUGUUCCUGCCACUCGCACCAAGCCUACGGUGCGCGUCGCCAGCCGGCUCGGCCUGUUCCUGCUCCCCGCACCAAGCCUGUGGUGCGCAUCGUCAGCCCGGUCCGGCCCAUUCCUGCUUCCCGCACCAAGCCUAUUCCUGCUCCCCGCACCAAGCCAAGGGUGCGCGUCGCCAGCUCGGCCCGGCCUGUUCCUGCCACUCGCACCAAGCCUACGGUGCGCGUCGCCAGCCCGGCUCGGCCUGUUCCUGCUUCCCGCACCAAGCCUGUGGUGCGCAUCGUCAGCCCAGUCCGGCCCGUCCCUGCUCCCCGCACCAAGCCUGUGGUGCGCUUCGUCAGCCCGGUUCGGCCCGUCCCUGUUCCCCGCACCAAGCCUGUGGUGCGCGUCGUCGGUCCGGCCUGUUCCUGCUCCCCGCACCAAGCCUGUGGUGUCAGUCAGUCCUGCACAGCCCGUGCCUGGGUCACCGGUGCCUGGUCAGGUACCGGUAAGCUGCUCCACAUCGGAGCCUGAGCGAUCCGCUCCACCGAUGUCCAGAUCCAGCCAGCAGGGCCAGACCGGACCAGGGGCGCUAUGGGGGGUUUGUUGGAGGGUGGGGGUCAAGCCCGGAGCCGGAACCGCCUCCGAGGAGGAAUGCCCUUCCCUGUUCGGUUUAUGUUUGGCGCGGUCGCAGUCCGCGCCUUUGGGGGGGGGGUACUGUCACGCCCUGGCUCUGGGACUCUAUGUUGAGCCAGGGUGUGUUGUUUCUAUGUGUUUUGUGUUCUAGGUUUUUUAUCUAGUUCAUUUGUUUCUAUGUUGGCCGGUGUGGUUCUCAAUCAGAGGCAACGUGAAUCAGCUGUUGCUUGUUGUCUCUGAUUGGGAACCAUACUUAGGCAGCCUGUUUUCCACAGUGUGUUGUGGGAUCUUGUUCCGUGUUUGGUUAGUGUCUAUUGCCAAGGACGUCACGUAUCGUUUUGUUCGUGUGAUCAUUAAAAAUAAAAGUAUGUUCGCAUUCCACGCUGCGCCUUGGUCCACUUCUAUCGACGAUCGUGACAAUAUCACCUGUUAAUAGAUAUGUUAUAUCACCCGUUUAUAGAUCUGUUAUAUAUAUAUAUAUAUAUAUAUAUCACCCGUUUAUAGAUCUCUUAUAUAUAUAUAUCACCCGUUUAUAGAUCUGUUAUAUAUAUAUAUAUAUAUAUCACCUGUUUAUAGAUCUGUUAUAUAUAUAUAUCACCCGUUUAUAGAUCUGUUAUAUAUAUAUCACCCGUUUAUAGAUCUGUUAUAUAUAUAUAUAUCACCUGUUUAUAGAUCUGUUAUAUAUAUAUAUAUAUAUAUAUAUAUAUAUAUACACUGCUCAAAAAAAUAAAGGGAACACUUAAACAACACAUCCUAGAUCUGAAUGAAUGAAAUAAUCUCAUUAAAAACUUUUUUCUUUACAUAGUUGAAUGUGCUGACAACAAAAUCACACAAAAAUUAUCAAUGGAAAUCAAAUUUAUCAACCCAUGGAAGUCUGGAUUUGGAGUCACCCUCAAAAUUAAAGUGGAAAACCACACUACAGGCUGAUCCAACUUUGAUGUAAUGUCCUUAAAACAAGUAAAAAUGAGGCUCAGUAGUGUGUGUGGCCUCCACGUGCCUGUAUGACCUCCCUACAACGCCUGGGCAUGCUCCUGAUGAGGUGGCGGAUGGUCUACUGAGGGAUCUCCUCCCAGACCUGGACUAAAGCAUCCGCCAACUCCUGGACAGUCUGUGGUGCAACGUGGCAUUGGUGGAUGGAGCGAGACAUGAUGUCCCAGAUGUGCUCAAUUGGAUUCAGGUCUGGGGAACGUGCGGGCCAGUCCAUAGCAUCAAUGCCUUCCUCUUGCAGGAACUGCUGACACACUCCAGCCACAUGAGGUCUAGCAUUGUCUUGCAUUAGGAGGAACCCAGGGCCAACCGCACCAGCAUAUGGUCUCACAAGGGGUCUGAGGAGCUCAUCUCGGUACCUAAUGGCAGUCAGGCUACCUCUGGCGAGCACAUGGAGGGCUGUGCGGCCCCCCAAAGAAAUGCCACCCCACAUCAUGACUGACCCACCGCCAAACCGGUCAUGCUGGAGGAUGUUGCAGGCAGCAGAACGUUCUCCACGGCGCCUCCAGACUCUGUCACGUCUGUCACAUGUGCUCAGUGUGAACCUGCUUUCAUCUGUGAAGAGCACAGGCGUCAGUGGCGAAUUUGCCAAUCUUGGUGUUCUCUGGCAAAUGCCAAACGUCCUGCACGGUGUUGGGCUGUAAGCACAACCCCCACCUGUGGACGUCGGGCCCUCAUACCACCCUCAUGGAGUCUGUUUCUGACCGUUUGAGCAGACACAUGCACAUUUGUGGCCUGCUGGAGGUCAUUUUGCAGGGCUCUGGCAGUGCUCCUCCUGCUCCUCCUUGCACAAAGGCGGAGGUAGCGGUCCUGCUGCUGGGUUGUUGCCCUCCUACGGCCUCCUCCACGUCUCCUGAUGUACUGGCCUGUCUCCUGGUAGUGCCUCCAUGCUCUGGACACUACGCUGACAGACACAGCAAACCUUCUUGCCACAGCUCGCAUUGAUGUGCCAUCCUGGAUGAGCUGCACUACCUGAGCCACUUGUGUGGGUUGUAGACUCCGUCUCAUGCUACCACUAGAGUGAAAGCACCGCCAGCAUUCAAAAGUGACCAAAACAUCAGCCAGGAAGCAUAGGAACUGAGAAGUGGUCUGUGGUCACCACCUGCAGAACCACUUCUUUAUUGGGGGUGUUUUGCUAAUUGCCUAUAAUUUCCACCUGUUGUCUAUUCCAUUUGCACAACAGCAUGUGACAUUUAUUGUCAAUCAGUGUUGCUUCCUAAGUGGACAGUUUGAUUUCACAGAAGUGUGAUUGACUUGGAGUUACAUUGUGUUGUUUAAGUGUUCCCUUUAUUUUUUUGAGCAGUUUAUAUAUAUAUCACCCGUUUAUAGAUCUGUUAUAUAUAUAUAUAUAUCACCUGUUAAUAGAUCUGUUAUAUAUAUAUAUAUAUCACCCGUUUAUAGAUCUGUUAUAUAUAUAUAUCACCCGUUUAUAGAUCUGUUAUAUAUAUAUAUAUAUAUAUCACCCAUUUAUAGAUCUGUUGUAUAUCAAGUGAAGAAAAGUUGACCAGGAGAGAAAGACACUAUUGAGAUGCAGCCCGUGGCGUUUCCCAGGGUACCUUGGGCAUGUUGGAGAGGGCGAUGUGGCGUGGCUCCCGACGUAUCUGGAUCGUGAAGUUGGCUUUGAACGCCGGCUCAUCGAAACACGGGAAGGCUGCUCGGGCACUGGUCGCUUCAAACUGAGUGGAAGCCAUAAACCUAACAAAACAGAGGCAGAAAUGAACAUGUUGUUUACAAUUUAGAUAUACAGUAGGUCUAGGGAAAAGCAAUGCAAAGCUUAUGAUUGAGUAAUUCAUUAUAGUGCACACCUUUUAGCAGUGUUGUAGUACUCGAGUCAAGAACUCGGACUUGACUCGGACACAAGUCAUGAUUUUCCUGACUCGUGACUCGACCAGUUGUGACUGUCUCUAUCUUUUGCAUAAUUCAUCAUUCUAGCUACAGCAGCAAAUGUUAGAUACAGUAGCUGUAUUAUCUAUUUAGCCUUACAAAUAUGCAACACUGGAAUGAAAUGUAGCUUAAAAAAUGGUUGGGCAGCUACUUUUGGCACUACCAUGGGACUCGUGACUUGAUUCGUGACUCGUACACCAAGGACUUGGGACUCGAGGUUUAGUGACUUGACUACAUCGCUGCCUCUUAGUGAUCGUCUCCAAAUACAGGACAAUUAGAUCACUAUAUGUGGUUGGUCCCUUUCACUACAUGCUCUGUUGGAAUGCACUGUAGAAUGAUUGACAUGCGUUUUCAGGGCUCUAGGUGACAACCUAUACUACCCAGGGUCAAUUUUUUUAUUUUAUUUAUUUUAUGUCAUUUAGCAGACGCUCUUAUCCAGAGCGACUUACAGGAGCAAUUAGGGUUAAGUGCCUUGCUCAAGGGCACAUCGACAGAUUUUUCACCUAGUCGGCUCGGGGAUUAGAACCAGCGACCUUUCGGUUACUGGUACAACGCUCUUAACCACUAAGCUACCUCAACCCUGAUGGUUCGUAGUCUUACCUGACCUCUCCUUUGGUCGUGCGAUAGGAGCUCUUGUAGAAACCGUGGAAACUGUCGGACAGGUUGGCAGAGAACUCCAGACGAACCUUGUACACCCCACCUCUGACCAGCAGCACAUCAGACACCAGAGCCAGCUGGUGGAAAGCUGGGUACUCCAACACCCGCAGAGGCCUUGAAGAAUCGGAAUCAGAUCACUUUAUCGCCAUGCAACAAACGUUACUAGGAAUUUCUCUUGGUGUUGUAGCUACAUAGAAGCACAGACAAUCAAUCCAUUUACCAUCAAUACAGAUAAAGAUAUCAGCAUCAAUACAAAUAUGCAUGACAACCAGGGUUGGGGUCAAGUCCAUUUGAAUUCCAGUCAAUUCAGAAAGUCAACCAUAUUCCAAUUUAAAUUCCAAAAUGUCCUCUUUGAAAAGCAUUGAAGAUAAUUAGAAUUUCAGUGUACGUCCUGAAUUGACUGGCAUUUAAAUGUAAUUGACCCCAACUUUGAUGACAACCCAUUGUAGAAAAAAGAUGGGACCCGAUCAUACAGCACAUACAUUGGCAGUGACCCUGGACCUUCCGGUGCCAAGAGCUCAGCUUUGGCAAUCUGGAGUUCCUUGCUGUGGAGGAUGAUGGUAGAGGUGUCCUCGAAGACCUGGAGUUGAAUCUGCACAGCUCCUGUGAAGUCUAGGCUGGUCAGGUUAGGGUGGACGAGGAGGUCAUAGUGGAUUGGAGACACAGUUUCAGGAAGCCUCAUUCUGACCCAGGGGAAAGGUUGGCCAUUAGUGGCGACGGGAGGUGGAGGCAAGGAAGACUUGUUCUCGGUAUCAUGGCCUCCUGGAAGCUGUGCCGCCAAAGAUGGGGCAAAGGGUACAAGCAGGAGCACCAGGACGGUGACAGUUAACGUCGUCAUCCUCACGCCUGAGAAAAAGCGCGAAGUCAGCAGUUUCCUACAGAUGGAAGAAAUGAUGGCAGGUUACAUUGUAGCAAACCGAAUGGUGGAGCAUGGUGGAGGUGGAGCAUUGUUACAGUAUUAAUCGUUGUAUCAACCAGUAGCACAGUAAAUCAUGUAUCAAUCAAUCUGUAACAUUUAUAUUGAAGUGAAUAGCCCAAUAAUGCACAUUUGAAAGCUGUACAACACAUUCAGGAGAAACGCGUGGCUCAUGGCAUUGCACAUUUAAUAGUUACUGUUACUUUCGAUUUCAGCUCGAGAUUCAAAACCUGCGCUAUUUAUUAAACAAAAACUUGCAUUAGCCUAUUCAUCCACAUCAUUAGGCUAGCUAGGAUAUAGCGAACCAUACAUUUAAACAAUUUAAACAUCGAACAGUCAACUUGUAGAUACAUUAUAAGACAUUACUGUACUUACUGUCAGGUUAUCUGUCCGCCUCUUGAUUGUGAAAGUGAAAAUUAAACGGACCUGUACAGAUUUGCAUUCUGGGACAAUCUGAAUGACAGCCCGUCUCAUGCUAUGAAUGCCCCACCAUUUAAACACUGAACAUGUUAAGAGAAGCCUUGAAAUAAGUCAGAUAAUGAUUGGAUCCAUAACAAAGCAUUAUUUGCAAAGGGCUCAUAUCAAUACAGGAAGUCAAAUUAAACCAUGCUCUGUUUUGGUUUUGACCCGUAGUGCAUACUAUUGACCACUAAGGUGCGCCAGAUAGCCAAGUUUAUUAAUAAAAGUGUAAUUUCAGUGUUUUACAAGUACCAUGCAUAGCCUACCAGUCCAACAGCACUACCUGACCUGAGCACAAUAUUUGGGAAGCUUCUCAAGAGGUUGGACAAUGUGCAACAUUGAACAAGAGUGUGUGUGUGUGUGUGUGUGUGUGUGUGUGUGUGUGUGUGUGUGUGUGUGUGUGUGUGUGUGUGUGUGUGUGUGUGUUUCAAAGUCCAUCACCUCUGCAAAAAAAGUAAUCAUUAAACUUUAUAGUGGGAAUUGGGGAGGGCCAUAAAGGGCGUAUUAUGCAGACAGUGAACCACAUAUCCUGCUGGACAUUCUAUUUGGACACACGAUUGUCUUUCACCCUGCCUCCGAGUGUUCAGGAGCUCAUCAGAAGAAAAAAAAGACUUACUUCAACCAGUAACCAACCAAAAGGCUCUUCUCUGGAACUCUGGAAUAGACUUCAUCUGUGUUUGUGUGUUCAGGGGAAGCUUGUGUAUGUCAACCGUUAGUCAGAGACUUAAUUCUAGAGUGUUAGAGACCUGGUUCUAGUUCUAGAAUGUUAGAGACCUGGUUCUAGUUCUAGAGUGUUAGAGACCUGGUUCUAGUUCUAGAGUGUUAGAGACCUGGUUCUAGUUCUAGAAUGUUAGAGACCUGGUUCUAGUUCUAGAGUGUUAGAGACCUGGUUCUAGUUCUAGAGUGUUAGAUACCUGGUUCUAGUUCUAGAGUGUUAGAGACCUGGUUCUAGUGUUCCAGAGUAGAUCUCCAGGAAGAGGACCAGGAGGACCAUGCUGAAGAAGGUGCUGCUGGGUAGUCUCGGAGCAGCUCUGGUGCUGACUGCAGGCAUCCUGUUGGGGCACUUCGGCAUCCAGAAGGGCUCCACCACCCCUGGCUGGGUAAUGGACGUGACCCAGGAUGUAGACGAGGCUCUCAUCCAGAAGUUUAUCGCAGAGGUGGACAACAUUGCGAUACAGGAGAACCUCAGGUCAGAUGCUGGAUAUCAAUCAAUCAAUUGAUCAAUCAGAUCACAUGCUGCUGGAUACUGUACCAGUCUCUUUAGAUUUCCUUACACACACACACACACACACACACACACACACACACACACACGUCAAACGUCCUCAGCGAGCAUCUCUCUCAUGAUCGCCCCCUCGUCCCCAUGUGUCUCUCCAGGGAACUGACUAAAGUGCCCCACAUGGCGACCUCGACAGGGGAUGAGAAGACUGUUCAGUACAUGUUGAAGAGGUGGCAGGACCCAGACACAGGUCUGGACCAGGCCUGGAGGGAGGAGUACAAGGUCUACCUGUCCUUCCCAGACCCCAACACCCCCAACAAGGUCACCGUGGGUGAGUCAUGGGCUUAGGGUGCGUCCUAAACUCUAACCCUGGCCUAUACUAAAUAGUGCACUGCUUUUGACCCAGCCAGGCACUCAUGUAAAAGUCGCAUGUUAUACUUGCUAGUAGUUGUUCUUCUGCUUGGUGUUGUGUGACAUUAGGAGGUAAACCAAGCUUGGUGUUGUGUAGCAUUAGGAGGUUAAGUGGUCCAUGUUAUGCUGUGUAUUAUGUGUCGUACUCCUUGUGACAUGUCUUUGGUUGUUGUUAUUUCUAUGGAUAUGAUUCUGCAGCAUAAUCAUCAUUUUCUUACUACUGUGUGUGUGUGUGUUGCAGUGAGCCCCUCUGAUGCUGUCCUGUACACUGCCAGAGAGAAGGAGAAGGCAUACAGUCCAGACCAGGAGGAUCCUGAGGUGGUUCAGCCCUAUGCAGCCUAUGCCCCCGCCGGACACCCAAAGGUAGGCCUUUACCCACCAACACACAGACAGACAAACAGACAGACAGACCAGGAGGAUCCUGGGCCUAUGCAGCCGACGCCCCCUGCAGGACACCCAAAGGUAGGCCUUUACCCACCAACACACAGACAGACAAACAGACAGACAGACCAGGAGGAUCCUGGGCCUAUGCAGCCGACGCCCCCUGCAGGACACCCAAAGGUAGGCCUUUACCCACCAACACACAGACAGACAAACAGACAGACAGACCAGGAGGAUCCUGGGCCUAUGCAGCCGACGCCCCCUGCAGGACACCCAAAGGUAGGCCUUUACCCACCAACACACAGACAGACAAACAGACAGACAGACCAGGAGGAUCCUGGGCCUAUGCAGCCGACGCCCCCUGCAGGACACCCAAAGGUGACUUUCUGAACCACAUCCAAGAUCCAAGGAUGGUCAUGUUCUUUAUGUUAUCUUCACCACAGUCUAUCAGUUAAAUGACCUAUUCUGGGUCAUUCAGCACACUGGGCACUCUGUGUAGUUUAGUUAUGACCUAUUCUGGGUCAUUCAGCUCACUGGGCACUCUGUGUAGUUUAGUUAUGACCUAUUCUGGGUCAUUCAGCUCACUGGGCACUCUGUGUAGUUUAGUUAUGACCUAUUCUGGGUCAUUCAGCUCACUGGGCACUCUGUGUAGUUUAGUUAUGACCUAUUCUGGGUCAUUCAGCUCACUGGGCACUCUGUGUAGUCUAGUUAUUUAGAAAGAUACCGUGUCUGUGUAUAGACAAUAUGUGGGUGGACGGACAGGACAGAUGGAAAGAAAGGUGUCUUUCAUGAUUUUUUAUUUAUUUCACCUUUAUUUAACCAGGUAAGCCAGUUGAGAACAAGUUCUCAUUUACAACUGCGACCUGGCCAAGAUAAAGCAAAGCAGUGCGAUAAAAACAACAACACAGAGUUACAUAUGGGGUAAAAAAACAUAAAGUCAAAAAUACAACAGAAAAUAUAUAUACAGUGUGUUCAAAUGUAGCAAGUUAUGGAGGUAAGGCAAUAAAUAGGCCAUAGUGCAAAAUUAGUUUUAACACUGGAAUGAUAGAUGUGCAAGAGAUGAUGUGCAAAUAGAGAUACUGGGGUGCAAAUGAGCAAAAUAAAUAACAAUAACAAUAUGGGGAUGAGGUAGUUGGGUGGGCUAAUUUCAGAUGAGCUGUAUACAGGUGCAGUGAUCGGUAAGGUGCUCUGACAACUGAUGCUUAAAGUUAGUGAGGGAGAUAAGAGUCUCCAGCUUCAGAGAUUUUUGCAAUUCGUUCCAGUCAUUGGCAGCAGAGAACUGGAAGGAAUGGCGGCCAAAGGAGGUGUUGGCUUUGGGGAUGACCAGUGAGAUAUACCUGCUGGAGCGCAUACUACGGGUGGGUGUUGCUAUGGUGACCAAUGAGCUAAGAUAAGGCGGGGAUUUGCCUAGCAGUGAUUUAUAGAUGGCCUGGAGCCAGUGGGUUUGGCGACAAAUAUGUAGUGAGGACCAGCCAACAAGAGCGUACAGGUCACAGUGGUGGGUAGUAUACGGGGCUUUGGUGACAAAACGGAUGGCACUGUGAUAGACUACAUCCAAUUUGCUGAGUAGAGUGUUGGAGGCUAUUUUGUAAAUGACAUCGCCGAAGUCAAGGAUCGGUAGGAUAGUCAGUUUUACGAGGGCAUGUUUGGCAGCAUGAGUGAAGGAGGCUUUGUUGUGAAAUAGGAAGCCGAUUCUAGAUUUAACUUUGGAUUGGAGAUUCUUAAUGUGAGUCUGGAAGGAGAGUUUACAGUCUAACCAGACACCUGGGUAUUUGUAGUUGUCCACAUACUCUAGGUCAGACCCGUCGAGAGUAGUGAUUCUAGUCGGGUGGGCGGGUGCCAGCAGCGUUCGAUUGAAGAGCAUGCAUUUAGUUUUACUAGUGUUUAAGAGCAGUUGGAGGCUACUAAAGGAGUGUUGUAUGGCAUUGAAGCUCGUUUGGAGGUUUGUUAACACAGUGUCCAAUGAAGGGCCAGAUGUAUACAAAAUGGUGUCGUCUGUGUAGAGGUGGAUCUGAGAGUCACCAGCAGCAAGAGCGACAUCAUUGAUAUACACAGAGAAAAGAGUCGGCCCGAGAAUUGAACCCUGUGGCACCCCCAUAGAGACUGCCAUAGGUCCAGACAACAGGCCCUCCGAUUUGACACACUGAACUCUAUCUGAGAAGUAGUUGGUGAACCAGGCGAGGCAGUCAUUUGAGAAACCAAGGCCAAUAAGAAUGCGGUGGUUGACAGAGUCGAAAGCGUUGGCCAGGUCGAUGAAGACGGCUGCACAGUACUGUCUAUUAUCGAUCGCGGUUAUAAUAUCGUUUAGGACCUUGAGCGUGGCUGAAGUGCACCCAUGACCAGCUCGGAAACCGGAUUGCAUAGUGGAGAAGGUACGGUGGGAUUCGAAAUGGUCGGUGAUCUGUUUGUUAACUUGGCUUUCAAAAACUUUUGAAAGGCAUGGCAGGAUGGAUAUAGGUCUGUAACAGUUUGGAUCUAGAGUGUCACCCCCUUUGAAGAGGGGGAUGACCGCGGCAGCUUUCCAAUCUCUGGGGAUCUCAGACGUUACGAAAGAGAGGUUGAACAGGCUAGUAAUAGGGGUUGCGACAAUUUCGGCGGCUAGUUUUAGAAAGAAAGGGUCCAGAUUGUCUAGCCCAGAUGAUUUGUAGGGGUCCAGAUUUUGCAGCUCUUUCAGAACAUCAGCUGUCUCUCUUUGAUCUCUCUUUGUACUGAGGUAAUUGGUUAACCAGUUUUAUUGACCUCAUGUCAUAAAUGUUGCCUUUCUGUGACACCCACUGCAUCGUCAAGGCACGACCUUUGAGGCUGUUGUUAAAUUCUUAUAAAGAUUUUAGAUAAUCCACUCAAGGUCAAAAGGGAAGAUGUUUUAUGAUGUGUCUCAUCAGAUAACAUUAUACUUUUUUUUAUCGCUUUGUGGUACAUUUUCACAAAUCUUUUAUUACAAAACUCAAAAUAGAUCAUCAGAAAGGCAGUUGUUUCAAAACUCUGAGCACAUUUUCAAUUGACUAAGUACAGUCACUUUUUCACAAAACGUAAUCAGUGUUUAAUCUAGAAAUACGUUCAUUGCAACACAUGUUCAUAUAAAGUAAUUUCCUUUCACAUUACUUUUGAUACGAUUCUCUUUAUUUUUUGUUAAAACAUAUUUUUUACAUUUACAUAAUCCGACUACUCUUAACUGAUGAUCAGUUAAACGUUUGGUAAACCUAUAGAUUUUACAACAGACUUUGGGGCGUUCACACUGCUCUAGUGAAAUUGCAUUGGCCAAUACAGUACUGUAAUAUAUGCCAUUUACGUAGCAGAUACUUUUAUCCAAAGUGACAUCAGUCCACACAUUCUGGUAUGUGACCCCAGUGGGAAUCGAACCCACAACUCUGGUGCUGCUAGCGCCAUGCUCUUAUGAACUGAGCCACGUACAGGACCACUACAAUACUUUUUAUUUAUUUAUUUUUAAAUCCAAUGACGUGUAUAAACCCUGGAUGACUGACAGGGGGCGCUGUAUUGAAGUCACCGCCCAGCCAUCUUGGGUACUCCUCCUCCAUUGUAAAAAAUAUAUUGAAAGCUCUAGAAAUGCAUUUAUUAACGUCUACGCUCUUGUUUGACACUUUUUUUAGUCUAUUACAGACAUCUUAAUGCAUACUUUUAAAAUAUAUUAUGUGAGCUAAUUAUAAAAAAUAUAUAAAAACAGUUUCCUGAAAGUUUUUUUUGUUUACAGUACUAAUGUUUACUGUCCCCACUACAACAACAAAAAUACUUAAAUACAUGUAAUUUUGUCCUUGAAACAUUUAAUUGAAAUACUGUAGAAUUCCAUUAAUUCCUAUGGAGGACUGCUGCUACUGGGGAGUUACAAUAUGGCCGACCAGUGGCUUCAAAGCCCCUCAACAGCCAAUUCAUGGCGUCGGCAAUCCAGGGUUUAUAUACAUCAUUGUUUCAAUCGCUUUGGUGCUAUUUUCUCAAGUAUGGCUUGAUGCAAACUAGUGCCUGCUAAACAUUAUGUUUCUUUUAUUCAUUUCAUUUGUUUCAUUUGAUUACAGUACACCUAUGUUGUAAUUAUAUCUGAACAAUACAUGCAUUUUUUGCAUCAAUGAUUGUGAAAGACGUCUUCAAUGAUCACAACUUUGAUCACACAUGGGAUAGAAAUUAUGGAAAUGUGAUGUUCAGUCGAUUUUAAUGGGUAGUGCUAGUGUAUUGCCUAAUGUGAAAACAGUGUAAUGUACUCUAAUAUACAGCACUGUACUGUGCAUUCAAAGGGCAAUUUUGAAAACAUGUAUCUCAAGUGUUUUGCUAUUGGAUUAACUGGUUGUUAUUAUAUUUCAUAGUAAACUUAUAUUUUGGAUCAAUGGUUGUGUGGUGAAAGAUGUCUACAAACAAAAUGAAUGCACGAUGAAAGGUUUUGAAUGUUAGACCGUUACAAGUCGUACCAGUUUGGAGUUUUGUACUCAGAGUUUAGAACAUUCACCACAUACAGUACUUGUGAAAACCAAAGUGAUAAACUGUAAUGAUGAUAGUCAAUAAUAAAGCAAUAAUAUGUUAAGCCUGUGGUGUCUAUCUCCUGGUAUUGUCUACUGAUACCAGACUGAUAUCUACUACAAUCUACUGAUCACUCGGAUAUCAGUUUGAUAUCUCCUACAGUCAAUUGAUAUCAGUCUUAGUUUUAGAUGGAGGUAGAUUGUGGUUCAAUGAUUGUGUCUCUGUGUGUGUGUGUGUGUGUGUGUGUGUGUGUGUGUGUGUGUGUGUGUGUUCAGGGAAGACUGGUCUACGCCAACCAAGGGAAGCCCAGUGACUACCUCCUACUCAACCAGACCCUGGACCUGACAGGGACCAUCGCUAUCACCAGAUAUGGAGGGGAGGGGAGAGCAGGGAAGGUGAGCCCAUUUCAUUGGCUGCAAAUGCCAUUUCAUUUUAUUUUUUUUGGAUGACGUUUGGUUGUUCAGAAAUCCUAGGGUAAAUAUUUAGACUCCUAGGGUAAAUAUUUAGACUCCUAGGGUAAAUAUUCAGACUCCUAGGGUAAAUAUUCAGAUUCCUAUAGUAAAUAUUCAGAUUCCUAGGGUAAAUAUUCAGACUCCUAUUGUAAAUAUGGUACUUUACAUAGCUUGUAGCCUACUGUAAUUUGACACGUACAAAAAACGGUCGAAAUAUCCUGUAAGAAAUGGUUCACAUACAGUGCCUUCAGAAAGUAUUCAUACCCCUUGACUUAUUCCACAUUUUGUUGUGUUACAGCCUGAAUUUAAAAUGGAUUAAAUUUAGAUUUUCUGUCACUAGCCUACACACAAUACCCCAUAAUGUCAAAGUCUAAAUAAAUAUAUAUAUAUAUAUAUAAAAAAAAAAUCUAAUUAAUAAAAAAUGAAAAGCUGAAAUGUCUUGGGUGAAUAACUAUUCAACCCCUUUGUUAUGGCAAGCCUAAAUAAGUUCAGGAGUAAAAAUGUGCUUAACAAGUCACAUAAGUUGCAUUGACUCACUCUGUGUACAAUAAUAGUGUUUAACAUGAUUUUUGAAUGACUACCUCAUCUCUGUACACCAAACAUACAAUUAUCUGUAUGGUCCCUCAGUCGAGCUGGGAAUUUCAAACACAGAUUCAACCACAAAGACCAAGGAGGUUUUUCCAAAAGCAGACAUUGAAUAUUCCUUUGAGCAUGGUGAAGUUAUUAAUUACACUUUGGAUGGUGUAUCAAUACACCCAGUCACUACAAAGACACAGACGUCCUUCCUAAUUCAGUUGCCGGAGAGGAAGGAAACCGCUCAGGGAUUUCACCAUGAGACCAAUGGUGACUUUAAAACAGUUACAGAGUUUAAUGGCUGUGAUAGAAAAAAACGGAGGAUGGAUCAACAACAUUGUAGUUACUCCACAAUACUAACCUAAUUGACAGAGUGAAAAGAAGGAAGCUUGUAUAGAAUACAAAUAUUCCAAAAUAUGCAUCCUGUUUGCAAUAAGGCACUAAAGUAAACAGCAAAAAUGUGUUGCUAAAUUAAUUAAUUUUAUGUCCUGAUUACAAAGCGUUAUGUUUGGGGCAAAUCCAACACAACACAUCACUGAGUACCACUCUCCAUAUUUUCAAGCAUGGUGGUGGCUGCAUUAUGUUAAGGUUAUGCUUGUCAUCGGCAAGGACUAGGGAGUUUUUUAGGAUAAAAAUAAUCAAGUAGAGCUAAGCACAGGCAAAAUCCUAGAGGAAAACAUGGUUCAGUCUGCUUUCCAACAGACACUGGAAUACAAAUUCACCUUCCAGCAGGACAAUAACCCGAAACACAAGGCCAAAUAUACACUGGAGUUGCUUACCAAGACGACAUUGAAUGUUCCUGAGUGGCCUAGUUACAGUUUUGACUUAAAUCGGCUUGAAAACCUAUGGCAAGACAUGAAAAUGGCUGUCUAGCAAUGAUCCACAAACAACUUGACAAAGCUUGAAGAAUUUUGAAAAAAAAUAAUGUACAAAUAUUGUACAAUCCAGGUGUGCAAAGCUCUUAGAGACUUACCCAGAAACACUCACAGCUGUAAUCGCUGCCAAAGGUGAUUCUAACAUGUAUUGACUCAGGGGUUUUGAUAAUUAUUUAAUCAAGAUAUUGUAUAUUAGUGUAUUUUUCUUGUUUUUUAGUUUUUUUAAAUGUUAGAAUUCUUCUUCCACUUUGACAUUACAGAGUAUUUUGUUUAGAUCGUUGACAAAAAAAUGACUAUUAAAUCAAUUUUAAUCCCACUUUGUUACACAACAAAAUGUGGAAAAAGUCAACGGGUGUGAAUACUUUCUGAAGGAUUUUCAAAGUAUUGGAACAGGGCAUACUAACACCAUGCGUCCAAAAUGGCACUCUGCCCAGCAAACCAAAAUUGGUUCUGUGAAGGUUCCCAGAAAAUGUAUUUGGUCGUGGCAAAUGUUCUCAUAACACAAAAACUGUCCAUUCGUGGUGAUGAUUAUAGAAUGUUUGUAUUAAACCACUGAAAGACUGACAAAAUGUGUUCUGGGAACGAACAUCAGGUGAAUGUUUUUUGCACCCUAAAAGAAUCAUAGUAGAAUCAUCCGCACAACUGGACAGUUUUUAUGUUGUUUUGGGAACAUAUAUUUUGUGAUGUCCCCACAAUGUUCCCACCAGACUGUUCCCACAACCUAAUGAAGCGUUCUGGGAACCUUUAAUUAACAGAUUAAAUCUGUUAUCAGAACGUUAUUACAACAUCAGGCAAAUGUGUUAUACAAACAUGUUCUGUAGUGGUUGUUACAGAUGUUGAGCACAACAUUUUAGUGAAUGUUAGGAAAAAAUUCCAAGGAUAUUUAACCUAAAACAUUUUUGAUAAAUAAAUUGAUUUGAUCAAAAACAUUCUCUGAAUGUUUUUGGCUGUUAUCAUCCUAAUGUUAGAUAAAACUCUAACUAGAACUUAAUGAGAAACUUAGCUAAUGUUCUGGGAAUGUUUAAAAGUAGUGCACUAUAUUGGGAAUAGGGUGUCAUUUCAGAUGCAGACCAAGACUAACAUUAACACUUUGACUGUCGUGUCAUGCCUUCUCCAGGCCAUCAAUGCAGCUCCGUACGGUGUGAUCGGGGUGCUGGUCUACACCGACCCGUGGGACAUCAACGAUGGCAAGAUGUCCGACACCAACGAGACGUACCCCUAUUCCUGGUACAUGCCCCCCUCAGGGGUGGAGAGGGGCUCCUUCAACACCCACUAUGGAGACAUGCUGACACCCUACCUGGCCGCUAAAGGUAACCCGUUAUGCAUUAUGAUGAUGUGGUGGUAAAUAAUUGACUUGUUAUAAGAAGGUAGGACCUAUGACCCUCAAAAUGAGAUAUCAUCAUCUCAAAAUGAUCUUGACUAACAGCCAUUUUGAAUCAGUUAGCACACAUUUCAGUCCAUUAAAGAGAUACUCUAUCUGCUAAACUUCCUGUUAAAUGACCUUUUGACCUUUAACAUUAUAGUGACAGUUGGAAUCGAAAGGUAGUAAACCCCUGACUAUAUAGUUACAGAAUUGUCGAGAUUGAAGCUAAAAUAGGUUACAAUUUGAUUGCUGUAGAGGCUACAAAUAUUGGCCAUCAUUGACCGUAUUCACAUGUAUGUGAACGCCAUCAGAAGUACAUUGAUCAUCUCUGUAACUCAGACUUUCCAAGGCGUUUUCACAGUUCCCACUUCCGACAUUUCCAUCUGCAGAUGACACAUACAGAAUACCAGCUAAGAAUAUCACCGGGAUCCCGCCAAUCCCGACUCAACCAAUCGGGUUUGAGGAUGCCUAUGCCUUGAUCUGGUGAGUGGGGUUGACCGUUGGUCCAUUGUGACAUCAUUAACUUUUGUGGAGAGCUGAUUGGUGUCCAGGAGGGGUCCGCCCAAUGUGAUUGGUUCUGAAUCCUGCCUGCCGUAUUUGAUUGGUCAUCUCUGCAGUGCGCUGGGAGGAGAGGCCGCUCCAUCCGAAUGGCAGGGAGCAUUCAAGUGCACGUAUAAUUUGGGGGGACCAGGAUUCAAACCAACAUCCACCUUCAACAACAGGUGGGAAUUGGGAAAUCUCUAUAAAGUACCACAAUAUCAAGUUUAGCAGUAUGUAUGUCAACAAAACAAAAAAAAUGUGUGUCACUGUUCCAGCGAUGUAAAACUGGACAUCUAUAACCGUGAGGAGCUGAAGAAUUCUGCCAAUGUGAUGGGGGUGAUUCGAGGCAGUGUUGAGCCAGGUGAGAAGGAUUCACCUCUAGCUACCGAACCACACUUAGUUACCUCGUGAGUCAAGCAUCGAGUCAAGCAAUAUGAGGACAUAUGUAUUGUGCAUUAUGCAGACAAAACAGUUAAUAUACAAAAACACAGACAGUGAAGAAUCACACACACACACACAUUUUAAAGCAGACCAGCUUGACGGUUUCUCUAAUCUAAUUCAAGUCUUUGUCCCAUAGACAGGUAUGUGAUCUACGGUAACCACAGAGACAGUUGGGUGCACGGGGCCAUCGACCCCAGCAGUGGAACCUCCGUGAUGCUGGAGGUGACCCGGGUGCUGGGACGGAUGGUCAAGCAGGGUGAGUAUCACAGUUAGACCUGGGUUAGGGAGUUAGACCUGAGUUAGAGAGUUAGACCUGGGUUAGGGAGUUAGACCUGGGUUAGGGAGUUAGACCUGGGUUAGGGAGUUAGACCUGGGUUAGGGAGUUAGACCUGGGUUAGGGAGUUAGACCUGGGUUAGGGAGUUAGGCCUGGGUUAGGGAGUUAGACCUGGGUUAGGGAGUUAGACCUGGGUUAGGGAGUUAGGCCUGGGUUAGGGAGUUAGACCUGGGUUAGGGAGUUAGACCUGGGUUAGGGAGGUGAGGUGGUUUUAGGAGGAAUAGGAUGUUCAAGCAGGGUGAGUAUGGUAUGGGGGGUUAGGAAGGAGAGGGGUUUUACCCACAUCUAACUGGGCUCAGGAGUUGGACAGAAAAGAGGAACUACUGAACUGACAAAAAUGAUACCCAGUCACUGUUUUUGGGAGCAGUAAACAGUGAACAUGGGAAUUUCAAGUCUGACUACCGCCUGUAUGUCAGGGAAAUGGAGGCCACGGAGGUCCAUCAUCUUUGGGAGCUGGGGAGCCGAGGAGUUUGGUCUGAUCGGAUCCACAGAGUACACCGAGGUGAAUAAAAAGUAUCUAAAUCAAUAAAACUUUAUUUUAUAAAGCCCUAUUUACAUAAUCUGUUGUCACAAAGUGUUUUACAGUAACCCGACCUUCACCCUCUAAAAGCCAAGCAGCAACACAGGGUCAAGGAAAGGUUCCCUAGAAGGAAGAGAUGCACAUCAUGGUGUUCUGAUAGAGAUAAGAUAACACAACCCUCUCCUCCCCAGGAGUACUACAGCAGGCUGAGCGAACGUUCUGUCGCCUACAUCAACGUGGACAUAUCUGUAUUCGGUAAGAGUGAUGAUGGAGGUAGCAUGCUAAACUGCUGGUAUUUUACUCCCAACAAUCAGGGCCCGUCGCCACAAAUCAGUGUGUUGAUCAGAUCCUAAAUCAGUGCUGAUCUAGGAUCUGUGAUAUUAUUCAUUAUGAUCUAAAAGGCAAAGCUGAUCCUAGAUCAACUAUUUACAGUAACACAUAGUUAUCAGUUAAUAAGUGCUGGUUUCCUGGACACAAGCCAAGUGCUGAACUAAAAAGCACUUUAAAAUGGAGAAUCUGUGUCCAGGAAACCUUCUCUAUGUGUAGUGGAAGUAUUGCGUUUGACCCAGCCCUGUCUGAAACACUGACCUCCAGUCAUCCCCUGCUCCAGCUAACGCUACUCUAAGGGCAUCGGGGUCCCCCUCUGCUCAGAGCGUCAUCCUCAAGGCCUCCAAACAGGUGAGGCCUCUUCUCGAUGCCGUCUGUAGUAAAACAUACCUCCCAUUGUUGUUGUAUGCUCACAUAAACUUGGUAAGAAAGUGUUGCAGAAAAAUAUAAGCGUACAACAGUGUGUGGGUAUUCCUACUCCUUUCAUCGUUUGUCAAACCAACAGUGGAUGGUUAAAAAUAUCUGACUCUUACAGUGGUGCCAAAACAUUUGACAGUUUAUCAAUCUAUCUUUAUUUCCUUUUUCCAAAAAGAAGCAAACAAAAAUGGUGUGAAAAGUAUGAAAAUAUGUUUGUUUGCUUUUCUACAGGUGAAGACACCUGGAUCAGACUCAACAUCCGUCUACGACAACUGGAUCCGCUACUUCAACCGUACUAGCCCCACUUACGGAGUCAUCCCCAAGUGAGUAGCCUACCUCCUCUUUGCAUGAAACUGUAGGGUCAUGUGACGAGACAUAGAGGACUAUUUAAGACAUGUCAGUGAAAUGCCUCGCAUCAUGAGACUGAUUUUAGGGAUUUUAAUUGGCUCUUCAGUUAAUUGGCAGUCAUAGCAGAUAUUUGAUUGGUUGAUGUUUUAUUUUUUUUGUUUUUGUUCACAGUGUGGGUUUUCUGACCGGGGCAGGAAGUGAUUACGCUGCCUUCAUCCACUUCCUUGGAAUCACCUCCAUGGAUAUCUCCUAUACCUACGACAGAGUAAGACAUGAGACACACACACACACACACACACACACACACACACACACACACACACACACACACACACACACACACACACACACAAUGAGUCAUUUCACUGACUUAACAAUUGAUCAAUUAGUCCUCUAAGUCACGUCCCAUGAUCAUGCUGUUUUCAUGCAGACCAAAACAAGAGCUAGAAUCUACCCAGCGUACCACACUGCAUACGACACCUUUGACUAUUCCUCCAAGUUCAUCGACCCAGGUGAGCAGGGGGAUAAGGCCCAGGGGGCUACAGGAGGAACGUCAAGACAAACCAACUGCUGUUGGCCUUAUGAGUUCAGUAUCGCUCUCUCUCUCUCUAUAUAUAUAUAUAUACAGCUCUGGAAAAAAAUAAGAGACCACUGCAAAAUGAUCAGUUUCUCUGGUUUUACUAUUUAUAGGUUUGUGUUUGGAUAAAAAAUAACAUUUUUGUUUUAUUAUAUAAACUACUGACAACAUUUCUUCCAAAUUCCAAAUAAAAAUAUUGUCAUUUAGAGCAUUUAUUUGCAGAAAAUGACAACUGGUCAAAAUAACAAAAAAAAUGCAGUGUUGUCAGAUCUCGAAGAAUGCAAAGAAAAUAAGUUCAUGUUCAUUUUUUAAACAACACAAUACCAAUGUUUUAACUUAGAUUUUCAAUCACAGAUUUCAUGCGUCUUGGCAUGCUCUCCACCAGUCUUUCACAUUGAUGUUGCCACUCUUGGUGCAGAAAUUCAAGCAGCUCGGCUUUGUUUGAUGGCUUGUGACCAUCCAUCUUCCUCUUGAUCACAUUCCAGAUGUUUUCAAUGGGGUUCAGGUCUGGAGAUUGGGCUGGCCAUGACAGGGUCUUGAUCUGGUGGUCCUCCAUCCACACCAUGAUUGACCUGGCUGUGUGGAAUGGCGCAUUGUCCUGCUGGAAAAACCAAUCCUCCGAGUUGGGGAACAAUGUCAGAGCAAAAGGAAGCAAGUUUUCUUCCAGGACAACCUUGUACGUGGCUUGAUUCAUGCGUCCUUCACAAAGACAAAUCUGCCUAUUAGACGACCAGGUGUUGGGCAAAGCUGAAAAUUGGACUCAUCAGAGAAGAUGACCUUACUCCAGUCCUCUACAGUCCAAUCCUUAUGGUCUUUUGCAAAAACCUCAGCCUGGCUCUUCUUUGCUUCUCAUUGAUGAAGGUUUUUUUCUAGCUUUGCACGACUUCAGCCCUGCCCCUAGGAGCCUGUUUCGAACCGUCCUCGCCGUGCACUUCACCCCAUCUGCCAUUUGCCAUUCUUUUUGUAAGUCACUUGAUGUCAUCCUACGGUUGUUGAGUGACAUUUGAAUGAUUUGGCAUCCCGGUCAGUAGAGAGUCAUUUUCGCCCUCUGCCGGUAUGUAGCUUUGUUGUCCCCAAUGUCUGCUGCUUGACCUUGUUCUUAUGAACCGCCGUCUUUGACAUUUUAAGGAUGGAAGCAACCUGACGCUCACUGUAUCCCUCUGCCAGUAAAGGCAGAAUUGAACCCUUAUUUUCCUCACUCAAAACUUUCCUUUUCAACUCUUUUGGCAUGGUCAAUAGUUAUUUUUUGAUUAAUAUUACUUUUGAGGUACUAUUAGCACUGUUUUUUGCCAUCCAGCUGGUCCUAUUGCAAGAGGAUAGUGAUGACCACAGCAGGGUUUUUUAUACUUUUCCUCGUUAAAUAAGAUUUGGUUCAGGUGAUCACCUAAUCAGUACCUAAUUCAGUAGAAUGAGGUGUGCCUGUGUUGGAAUUCAACAGACACUGGAAUGGAAUGGCUGUCAUACAUGUACAAAUGCUGAUUUAAGAAAUAUUUGCAGUGGUCUCUUAAUAUUUUCCAGAGCUGUAUAUAUAUGUAUCUCUAUUGUCUUUCUACUUGGUCUCUCUCUCCCUUUCCUGUCAAUAUCUUUACCCUGAUAUCACCUCUCAUGAACUCUCUUUACUGAAUAUUUCCUACCCUAACGUCUCUCUCUCUCUCUCUCUCUCUCUCUCUCUCUCUCUCUCUCUCUCUCUCCUCCUCUCUCUCUCUCUCUCUCUCUCCUCCGUCUCCUCCAUCUCUCCUCUCGCUCUCCUCUCUCCUCUCGUCUCUCCUCCUCUCGGUCCUCUCUCUCCUCUCCUCUCCUUCUCUCCUCUCUCUUCUUCCCUAUGGUUCACCAGUCACCAGAUGGUUGCCAGGACGGCAGGGAACGUCCUGAUGCGAUUGGCUGAUAGCCUUCUGUUGCCGUUCAACUGCAGUGACUAUGCAGAGACUCUGGAGGGAUACCUCAAUAAAGCCCUGGAGCUGUACACUGAUGGACUGGCAGCACACAGCAUCUCUAUAAGUGGGUCACAGUCACUAGCACACACACAGAGGGAUGGGUGAUAGCGAAGGAGUAGGGGUGAAAGGGUGGAUGGAGGGAUGGAGAUGGGGUAGAAAGGUAAUGGAAGGGUAGUGGGGGUGGAUGGAGGGAUGGAGAUGGGGUAGAAAGGUAAUGGAAGGGUAGUGGGGUGGGUGGAUGGAUGGAGAUGGGGUAGAAAGGUGAUGGAAGGGUAGUGGGGUGGGUGGAUGAGGGAUGAUGGGUAGAAAGUAAUGGAAGGGUAGUGGGUGGGUGGUGAGUGAGAUGGGGUAAAGGUAUGGAAGGUAGUGGGUGUGGUGUGAUGGGGUUAGCAAAGGUGAUGGACGGGUUGUGGGGUGGGUGUGCUUAUGGAUGGGUGUGGUGAUGGUGUGGAAGGGGUAGAAUGUAUGGAAGGGUAGAGGGGUGGGUGGAUAGAUAAAUGGAGGCAGUAGCUGAUGCUAUGUUUGUGGCUAAACAGCUACAGUGCCUUGCAAAAGUAUUCAUCCCCUUUGGCGUUUUUCCUAUUUUGUUGCAUUACAACCUGUAAUUUAAAUAGAUUUUUAUUUGGAUUUCAUUUAAUGGACAUAUACAAAAUAGUCCAAAUUGGUGAAGUGAAAUGAAAAAAAUAACUUGUUUCAAAGAAUUCUAAAAAAUAAAUAACGGAAAAGUGGUGCGUGCAUAUGUAUUCACCCCUUUGCUAUGAAGCCCCUAAAUAAGAUCUGGUGCAACUAAUUACCUUCAGAAGUCACAUAAUUAGUUAAAUAAAGUCCACCUGUGUGCAAUCUAAGUGUCACAUAAUCUCAGUAUAUAUACACCUGUUCUGAAAGGCCCCAGAGUCUGCAACACCACUAGAGACCAAAGAUAACCCUGAAGGAGCUGCAAAGCUCCACAGUGGAGAUUGGAUUAUCUGUCCAUAGGACCACUUUAGGCCGUACACUCCACAGAGCUGGGCUUUACGGAAGAGUGGCCAGAAAAAAGCCAUUGCUUAAAGACAUUGCUUAAGCAAACACGUUUGGUGUUACCCAAAAGGCAUGUGGGAGACUCCCCAAACAUAUGGAAGAAGGUACUCUGGUCAGAUGAGACUAAAAUUUAGCUUUUUGGCCAUCAAGGAAAGCGCUAUGUCUGGUGCAAACCCAACACUUCUCUUCACCCCGAGAACACCAUCCCCACAGUGACGCAUGGUGGUGGCAGCAUCAUGCUGUGGGGAUGUUUUUCAUCGGCAGGGACUGGGAAACUGGUCAGAAUUGAAGGAAUGAUGGAUGGUGCUAAAUACAGGGAAAUUCUUGAGGGAAACCUGUUUCAGUCUUCCAGAGAUUUGAGACUGGAACAGAGGUUCACCUUCCAGCAGGAUAAUGACCCUAAGCAUACUGCUAAAGCAACACUUGAGGAGUUUAAGGGGAAACAUUUAAAUGUCUUGGAAUGGCCUAGUCAAAGGCCAGACCUCAAUCCAAUUGAGAAUCUGUGGUAUGACUUAAAGAUUGCUGUACACCAGCAGAACCCAUCCAACUUGAAGGAGCUGGAGCAGUUUUGCCUUGAAGAAUGGGCAAAAAUCCCAGUGGCUAGAUGUGCCAAGCUUAUAGAGACAUACCCCAAGAGACUUGCAGCUGUAAUUGCUGCAAAAGGUGGCUCUACAAAGUAUUGACUUUGGGGGGGGGGGUGAAUAGUUAUGCACACUCAAGUUUUCUGGUUUUUUGUUUUAUUUCUUGUUUGUUUCACAAGAAAAAAUAUGUUGCAUCUUCAAAGUGGUAGGCAUGUUGUGUAAAUCAAAUGAUACAAACCCCCCCAAAAAUCUAUUUUAAUUACAGGUUGUAAGGCAACAAAAUAGGAAAAAGGCCUGAAUACUUUCGCAAGCCACUGUAAAACAGCUAAUUCAGUCAGUAACCCCCCCCGGGAGCCACUAGCUGCUGUAACAGUGCGGUUUCUGAUAAUGUGGCUUCAUCUUUUAAACAGUUUAAGUGACAAAAUAUUAUGACCUCAUCACUGAACGAUAAGACUCAGGAACACGUAUGUCUUCCUUUUCCCUCUAUAAUGCCCACAAGCCUCAUUAGAACAGAGUGGUCAAGACCAGGCAGCCAAUCAGAAUGGGGGAAAAGAUCAUGAUGUUAUUUUCUACACAGAAGAUCAUACAAAAUGAUUGCCUGAUGAUAUUCUGAACUUCCCAAUACCUUUGUAUUUGUAUUUGUAUUUAUUAAGGAUCCCCAUUAGCUGCUGCCAAGGCCUUGGCAGCAGCUACUCUUCCUGGGGUCCUGCAACAUUAAGGCAGUUAUAUACAAUUUAAAAUAUUACAUUACAUUAUAUUUCAUAACACUUUACCCAAUACAUUUAGUGUGUUCCCUCAGGCCACUACUCCACUAUCACAUAUUUACAAUACAACAUCCAUGUGUACGUGUGUGUAGAGUGAGUGUCUAUAUGAUACAUUUCAGUCACUUCAAACAAUACUUCCUUCAGAUUUAAAUACUGUCAAAAGUUCUGUCAGACUGAUUUGUAAUAGACUGACAUAGCCUCAAUUAAAAAAGUAAACAUUGGCCGUUGAUUAGAUCACUUUUUUUACAUGGUGGGGUCGCAAUUCUUUUUCAAUAUCAAGAAAGUUUGGGAACCUCUGGUUUAAGUUGUUUAGAGAAAACACACAUACACACACACACACACACACACAUGCACACACACACAAUCUCAGGGACCAGUCAGCAAUAUUAUACGGUUGAGAAACACUGUUAUAGAAUAUCCUGUCCCUGCUCCUGUUUCAGAGCCAUUAAAGGAUGCUGUGAGUAACUUCCGCUUUGCUGCCGCCAGCCUGGACAAGCUGAUCAGAGAUUCAGACUUGGCUAACGAGACGUGAGUGGUAGCUCUUUACACACACAUGCACACACACACACACACACAUGCACACACACACACACAUACACGCACAGACACACACACUCUCUCUAAACCAUUCUAAACCAGUGCUUUGUCCAUGUUUAGGCCCUUGAAGGUACGUAGGAUCAAUGACCAACUGAUGCUCCUGGACAGGGCUUUCCUGGACCCGGUGGCGUUCCCUGAUCGAUAUGGAUUCAGGUUGGGAAACUAUGUUAUGUUCUAUCUACUAGAUGAGAAUCCACUUUUGACCAUCUAGCAUAUUUGAUGUUUCGUGCACCUUUCAUUGAAUGCCUCAUUGCACGCUUAGACUACUCCCUCUCUCUUCCCUCCUCUGACCAUCUAACAUCACUCACCAUACCUUCUUUCUGUCCAUUGCUCUCUAUCUCUCCCCCUCUCGCGCUCCCUCUUCCAGACAUGUGAUCUGGGCGUCCAGUAAUGCUGGACAGCCUACCUUCCCAGGACUGGCUGAUGCGUAUGCCAGAGCUACGUCAACUGGACUGGACAGCGACUGGAAAGAAGCACACCGUCAGCUGUCCACCUUGAUCCAGGCCAUACAGGGAGCCGCUCACACACUGGGGGACGUCAUUUAGAGAAAACAUAGAGAUACUGUACAUGUUAUAUGACAC